UCCUAGAAAGGAACAAUGAUCGGAGAUAUCUCCCCGCCGGUUGCUUCAAUCCCAGGUUCGUCGGAUCCUUUUGCUUUUGAUCUCUCUAUGUGUUUCAUGUUAAAUAUCGUGAAUCGAGAUUUCAUCGCGGGAAGAUAUGUAUGUGUAGUGGUUGUUGAAGGAAACGCGCAAGCGAUGAAUCCGAAGAAUCUUCUUCCGCCGCUAUCGACGGUGGCGACUCACUUCGGCACUAGCGGAUUGUCCGUCGCGUUGGCUACUGGCGUCACUCAUCCACUCGAUGUAUUGAAAGUAAGGUUGCAGAUGCAGCAUGUGGGCCAAAGAGGCCCUCUACUCGGAAUGACAGGAAUCUUUCUUCAACUAAUGAAGCAGGAAGGGCCUAGGUCUUUAUACUUGGGUUUAACUCCUGCUCUCACUAGAUCAGUACUCUACGGUGGUCUCAGAUUAGGAUUAUACGAACCAACCAAGGUUUGUUUUGAUUGGGCGUUUGAGUCUACCAACGUCUUGGUGAAGAUAGCAUCUGGCGCGUUUGCAGGGGCGGUUUCCACUGCAUUAACCAACCCGGUUGAAGUUGUCAAGAUUAGGUUGCAGAUGAAUCCAAACGCGGUUCCCAUUGCGGAGGUGAGGGAGAUGGUUUCUAAAGAAGGUAUAGGAGCUUUAUGGAAAGGAGUUGGUCCUGCCAUGGUUAGGGCUGCUGCAUUAACUGCCUCACAGCUUGCGACAUACGACGAAACCAAGCGGAUUCUGGUAAAACGGAGUUCUUUGGAAGAAGGGUUUCAGCUUCAUUUGUGCUCAAGUGUGGUUGCAGGUGUAGUAAGCACUCUGAUAACCGCGCCCAUAGACAUGAUUAAAACCCGCGUGAUGUUGCAGCAAAACUCUGGAAGCGUCAGAAUCUAUAGGAACGGGUUUCAUUGCGGUUACAAGGUUAUUCGCAAAGAAGGCCCUCUGGCACUUUACAAAGGAGGCUUUGCGAUUUUUGCACGGCUGGGGCCACAAACGAUGAUCACGUUCAUACUCUGCGAGAAGCUAAGAUCACUAGCUGGACUUCACAAAAUGUAGCCACUGACCAGCUCGUGCCAUGCCUGUCCGGUUCCAGGGUCUAUUUGUUGGAAAUAGAAGAAAAAAUUUGUAAUUUUGUGGCGUGGAGAAAGGAACAAGUUGGAGCAGCUCGAGUCUCUUGUUUUCGGGUCGCGUUGGUGGCGCGACAGCCUGUCAUGCUUAUGUUUUGCCCCUGAGUUCACGAUUUAUUCACGGUUUUACCAUUCUGAGUAUUUUCUCUCAAGACAAUGACCUGUCAGUUGUGCUCCUCUUGCAUUAUUUUUGACAUCUACGGUCAAACUCUUUCCGAUAUAGUUCAAAAACAUUUUACUCGGAAACUUUUAAAAUGUUAUUUGAAUAUCGGAUAUUUUAUUUAUAUUAUUAAAAGUUUUCGAUAUUA